UUGAAAACGACCAUUCCCCCGUCUUCUUCAAAUAUGGGCACAUAUUCGUUCCUCUACAUUCUUCUCUCGGCCAUAUUUGUGGUAGAUGUGGCGGGAUGGUCAUAUAUUGGAGUAAACUACGGUCGAGUUGCCGACAACCUAGCCUCGCCUAGUGAAGUAGUUAAGCUCCUAAAAUACCAAGGAAUCUACCGUGUCAAAAUCUUCGACACCGAUGCCACUGUCCUCACAGCCCUUGCCAACACUGGUAUAUACGUCAUCGUGUGCCUCCCCAACGAGCUCCUCUCCUCUGCUGCCGACAGCCAGUCCUUCACUGAUAAUUGGGUCCAGGCCAACAUCACCAAGUUCUACCCGGCCACGAAAAUUGAAUUCAUUGCUGUCGGCAAUGAAGUGUUUACCGACCCCACCUACCUCAUGCCGUUUCUCGUACCGGCCAUGAAGAACAUUCAAGCUUCCCUUCAGAAGUUCAAAGCUGGCGACAUCAAAGUCUCCUCCCCAAUUCCUUACACGGCUCUCACAUCCUCCUUCCCGCCUUCAAGUGGUGCCUUCAAUCCGGACUUCGUCGAGCCCGUCAUCAAGCCCAUGCUCGAAUUCCUCCGCAAGACCCAAUCCGCCCUCAUGGUUAACAUCUACCCCUUCUUCGCAUACAUGGAUAACUCUAAUCAGAUCAACCUUGACUACGCUGUCUUUCGACACAACCCCAGCGUGGAGGAUACCGGCAAUGGAAACAAAUACUCCAGCCUUUUYGUGGCUCAAGUCGACGCCGUUUAUGCGGCUAUGUCGAAACUACAAUAUGAUGACAUUACUGUGCUGGUUUCAGAGACAGGGUGGCCGUCCGAUGGAGACGACCAGGAAGUGGGAUCAAAUGUGGAAAAUGCGGCAGCGUAUAAUGGAAAUUUGGUGCGUAGAGUUCUAAUCGGAGCUGGGACGCCUUUGAGACCUGCGGUCCCAUUACACGUUAUUCUGUUUGCGCUCUUCAAUGAGAACAAGAAACCGGGUCCCACAUCYGAGAGGAAUUACGGCCUCUUUUAUCCGAACGGUCAAAGGGUGUACGAGAUUGCACUUAAUGAAGACCAACUUAAGAAUGGGCCUAAGCCGGCGCUCAACAUAAGCACCGACCCAGUGCCGCCGCCAGCGCCGCCAGUGGAUGGUGAGACACCGCCUGCAAGUGGACCGCCAUCGUGGUGCGUCGCCAUUGCUGGCGUUAAAGCAGAUAAACUCAAGUCGGGGCUAGAGUAUGCAUGUGGAGUAGGAGGGGCCGAUUGCGGUCCUAUCCAACCUGGUUCCACGUGCUUCAAUCCUAAUACGAUUGAGGCCCACGCUUCAUACGCUUUCAACAGCUAUUACCAAAAGAAGGGUCGUGUUGCUGGAUCGUGCGAUUUCGAUGGAGCUGCUGUCGUCGUUAAUCAACCUCCAAAGUAUGGAGAUUGCAAAUUUCCUCCAGAGUCUACCGGUGGGACACCAGCUACCGGUGGGACGCCGCCUACCAGUGGUACACCAUCGACCCAAGGUCAGACGUGGUGCGUGGCCAAACCAAACGUUGGAGAUGAUAAGCUCCAGCAGGGGCUAGAGUUUGCAUGUGGGAAUGGAGGUGCCGAUUGUGGUCCAAUCCAGCCAGGUGCCGCGUGUUUCAAUCCUAAUUCACUCGAGGCCCAUGCUUCGUACGCUUUCAAUAGCUUUUACCAAAAGAGGUCUCGUGCUGAUGGCACGUGUACUUUCGGAGGAGCUGCUCAAAUUGUCACUACACCUCCACAGUAUGGAAAUUGUAAAUUCCCCACGGGGCCUGAUAGUGGUACACCACCCAGCAGUGGGACGCCACCAAACAGCGGAACACCACCUGCUAGUGGGACGCCGUCGACCCAAAGUGAUAAGUGGUGCGUUGCCAAUUCGAAGGUUGGUACAGAUAAGCUCCAAACAGGAUUAGAGUAUGCUUGUGGGACAGGUGCCGAUUGCAAUCCGAUCCAACCAGGUGGAUUAUGUUAUAAUCCUAAUACGAUCGAGGCCCACGCUUCAUAUGCUUUCAACAGCUAUUACCAAAAGAACAAUCGUGCCACCGUCUCAUGCGAUUUUGGAGGAGCUGCUACCAUCGUCACUAAAGCUCCCGUGUACGGAGAUUGCAAAUUUCCUACUGUAUAUUGAGUUCGGGUGACUAAAGAAAUCAGUCGAAAACAACAUUUUAUUUUCAUUUACUAGUAUAAUUGACUUUUUAUUUGAAUGUAAUAGUUACAUUUAUAUUCUCUCUGAAUCUAAUAAAAUAUUUUUAU